CUUUAGAGAGUAGGAUACAACGGCAGGCAUACGGGCGACUUGCAUGCGUUGCUACUGCCUCCAAGCGGGCCGAGCGAUUAUAAACCUUGCUGUCGCACACAGUGGACUGUUGCAAACAAAUCAUAAGUUCAGCAGGCAAUUGUUCAACUCAACUGGUGUUUUACAAACUCGUUCCAGCUUCGCAAACAUGACCGGCAAGAAGGUUAUCGCUCUGUUUGAUGUGGACGGCACCCUGACUGCGCCCCGUAAGGUGGCCACAAAGGAGAUGCUGGACUUCAUGCAGGAGCUGCGCAAGACGGUGAAGGUCGGCAUUGUGGGCGGCUCAGAUCUGCACAAGAUUGCGGAGCAGCUGGGUGAUGGACUGCUGACGCAGUACGACUACGUGUUUGCCGAGAACGGGCUGGUGGCGCACAAGGAGGGCAAGGAGCUGGCGGUGCAGAGCCUCAAGACGUUUCUUGGGGAGGACAAGCUCAAGGAAUUCAUCAACUUUGUGCUACACUACAUCGCCGACCUGGACAUACCCAUCAAGCGCGGCACCUUCAUCGAGUUCCGCAACGGCAUGCUCAACGUCAGCCCCAUCGGCCGCAACUGCAGCCAGUCGGAGCGUGACGAGUUUGAGAAGUACGACGAGAAGGCGGGCGUGCGCAAGGCGUUUGUGGAGGUGCUGCGGACCAAGUUUGCGCACCUGGGCCUCACCUACUCCAUUGGCGGUCAGAUCAGCUUCGACGUGUUCCCCCAGGGCUGGGACAAGACCUACUGCCUGCAGUUCCUGACCGAGUUCGAUGAGAUCCACUUCUUUGGCGACAAGACCUACAAGGGCGGCAAUGACCACGAGAUCUUUGAGAGCGAGCGCACACUGGGCCACACCGUCACCAGCCCCGACGACACACGCAAGCAGUGCACCGAGAUCUUCCUGGCGUGAGGGCGCCGGGCGUAAGGGCACCGGGCGUAGGGGCUCCGGGCGUAGGCGGCUUGAAAGGGCGCGCCUGGCGUCAGGGCGCCUGUGUGGGCUGAGGCUGGACGGGCAGGGGCAGUGGGAGCCAGUGGGCGGAGAGCUGCAGCGCCAUGUGGGUGGAGGGCGUGAGUGGAGGAGUCGGUGUGGGUACGGGAGGAGUCGGCGGGGGGGCUGUGGGCAGCGUACGGUGAUCAGGAGGCGCGGGGAGGGGGACGCAUGCAGUGGAAUGGCAGCCGCGCGGGUGCCAGGGGGGCGGGGCGCAGGGAGGUGGGUGUGAAGAAAAGCAAAUGGAAAACAGGGAGGUGCGUGUGUGUGCAGGAGCGGGCUGCGGUUUGCUCGGGAUCCUUCCUGGGGAUGUGUAUUGGUGGCGGCCUGGCAACCAGGUGGGCCAGGGCCACGGCCAACCCGGAUCGGGGCGGCCUGGGACCUUGUGCGCGGUGAUACCUGUUCGUGUGCGAAACCGCGCUAUUGCGUGAUCCCUGUCAGGGGUGUGGCACUGACCGAGCUACGCGUGUGACGCUAUUGUGCGACUGCUCGAGCGACAAGUGAGGGGAGGGCUUCUUGUGUGAGACUGAUGCUGGGGAUUCUUUCUUAACCCGGUCAUGCGGCAAUUGCGCUGUGUGCUGCGGCUCGACCGUAGAUCGAUUCUGAGGGCUACGUUUGUUGUGCGUUUGGCGGCUGCAUGCCAGCCCGCACGCCUCGUGUGUUCAAUAACGGGGAAAACCCUAUUUCCGCCCGGAAACGCAGU